AUGAAUGAAGGAAUUGACAUCGAGGUUGGAUCCCUGUCGCCUAGCUUCCAGGUCUCCUCGACGGGGCGAGAGGGUUCUAACCCAGGCGCCUUCAACGUCGCAGCAGCAAGAGUCAACUCUAACGAUUCUUCCAAGCGCCGUAGACGACGCUCGAACACUGCCCGCUCCUACCGCCCCCAGGGGGUAGCCCACGAAUCCACCUGGCAACCUGGCACAGAACCGGGUAUCGACCCCACAAAGCCGCUACCUCCAUACAGCUCAGAAUGGGCGUCGAACGUGCCUGGUGACCUGCAGCGAUAUUGUGAAAUUACGGUGGUUGAUUUCUCUGAGAAAAAAAUGCGACAAUACGAACUCGAUAACGAUACUAUCGAGCAAUUUCUAUCACGUGACCGAGAACCAUGGGUACAAUAUUAUUGGAUUAAUAUCAAUGGACUAAGCUGGGAUGUGAUCAAAGUUAUCGGUCAACACAAGGGGCUAUACCGUCUGGCGAUCGAGGAUGUUAUCCACACCAUAAGUCACAUCAAAGCAGAUUGGUAUUCAAGCCAUGCCUUUAUUACGUUAACAUUACAGAAACUAGUGAAAAUUUAG